AUGCAUUUGAGAGAGCAUCCGAACCAGAUUGCUCUGACAAAAGCACUGGCGCAUCUCAUGUCCCUGAAAGGGUUCCACGAGAACCUCAGCAAAACUACUGUCGAGAGCAUCCGUUCGGCAUUUAAGAAGCUGUGGGAGCUAUCAGAUGGUGAUACCUAUCGUGGCAAAUGGCACUUCAAUGAGGCGAAGCAGCGCUGGGAAGGAAACCCUGCUGAUUCUGCAGACAUUUAUGAUGUGCUGUCAUCCAUCAAGCAUAAGGCAAGUGCCGAGGGAGGAGAUCGCACUCACUCAAUGGCAAUGACGAAGGACUACAUGGAUCGGGCAUUCCGAUGGCACCAGGCUGUGUGUCCACUCGAGAUUGCACUACAGAUGAUUCAGAAGGUGAUGAGUGGUGCUCGGCCUUCGGAUAUGCACCUGGACUUGGAAAUGAGGACAAAACUUACUCGCCAUCUUGAACAAGUCACGUUCGCAUCGAACGGAUGGACGUUAUGGACAAGGUGUUUUGAGCUUGUAAAGUUGAAAGGAUAUCUCACUUGCCACUAUUUUGGAUGGUUGCAAAGAAAGGAUAUCUCACUUGAUACCACUAUUUUGGAUGGGGUGCUCGGCGUGUACCUUGCAAACGAGACACUCACGCUGAGUAAAUGCACAUCAUACUUCGAGAUCUUUCUCGCUCACCGGAAAGGAUGGCAAAAGAAGGUGGACAAGGGCCAAUGGGAAGCAGAUCUGAGAUCAAAUCACUACAAGAUUUAUCCACGCCCCAACAUGCCAGCCUGCGACAAUUUCUUCUGGAUCCAAUCUCUCACGAUACGGUACAAAAAUGGAUCAAUGAGUCAACCGCUGGCGCUGGCAUCCGUGGUAACUUCUCAACUCAGCUUUCGUCGGGGAGGUGCGCAAUAUUGGUUCAUGUUUGCUCCAGUGGGCCAGCGGUGGACACUUGCUAAAGUUCGUUGGUGGGGGGGAUGGGCUGAUGGCGAGCAGCGUGAUACACUCGUUCGCUACCUCCUCGACGAACUACAUGCAUAUGAGACUGACUACAGUGAUGCCCUUGCCCCCAUCUCCCGGGUGCUGAUGCCUCCCUUGCUGGCGAACAUGCUCUCGCCAGACCAGCAUCGACAGAAGAGCUUCGCAUGUGCCUGCACCACAGUAAUCGCUCUCCAGCGUCUCGAUUCAGGCCCCCGCUUCACCAACGUCUCUGAGUGUGCCUCCCGCACACCAACUCCACCUGUCAGAGACAUAGUGCGAGAGCCGAACAGCCAGUUUUACCCAGGCCCGUCGUCAGCCACACUCUCCCUACCACGAGCCAUCCAUCCGCACCUCGUCACAACAACUCUGCACCACGCUGCCCAUCAGCAUCACUCGGGCUUCAAGUACCAGAAACUCCCAACACCUGCCUUCCCGAAGCACAACUCCUGGAAGGAGAUUGUCGAACACUGGCUUGUUGGCGAUCGAGACCGAGGACUGACAACGCCACUGAAGGACUGGCCAAGGCACUGGUACCAAGGUGCAAAUAGACGGUUUGCAUCAAAGUACCACCAACGUGCAACAAUCGCGCUAGAGUUCAUUAAUCAGUACGAGUCGAACGAGGCACGCUUCCUCGCAGCCUAUCCAGAGGCCGAGCUAGGGCACACGCAACUUCUGAAGGCUGUGAACAAGGCACGCGCUGCACGAGGGGACCGUAUCUCUCGCAACAAGUGA